CUGCCCGGUGCCGCUCUCGUUCGCCGGCCUUUGGAUGUGGAUGUGGAUGGUCCUGAUGGUCCAUAGCUCCAUGGGAGAGCGCAACUGGGAAUACGAGCCCUUGUCCAUAGCUGCCUUCAGUUCGGACGAGAGUCUGCUGAAGAUUGGAGCGAGGAUCGAUCGGUUGAAGCGCGGCGAGUUCGCCUGUUCGAUGACCGUCGACUGGAACUACGAUCCGGAUGAGAACACAAUGAUCGAGGCCGAUGCGUAUCACAGCAGCUCGGGCGUUGAGAGCGACUACAAGAUCCUGCCCUGGUCCGUUCCCCAGCAGCCCUUCUUUGAGUUCCUGAACGGCUUUUACAAGGACGCCUUCAUCAAGAACGUCGGCCACUGCUCCAAUUUGGUCCAGUCCGAGGGCGACUACGCCCCGCCCUGGCCCAGGAACGUCUACACGCUCGACAAGUGCGUGGUCAACGGCGAUGGGCUGCCAGAAAUAGUCCCCGAGGGGUUCUACAAGAUCGUCUACAAGGCCAGCGGCCAGGUGGAUUGGGGCUGCAUCCUCAUUGUGAAGAUCACCACAAAAUUGAUCUAAUAAAGAGCCGAAUGGUCAAUGCAGCAAG